AUGACUAUUGCAUUGCUGGGUUUUGCCAUUUUCUUGCUCCAUUGUGUGACCUGUGAGAAGCCCCUAGAAGGGAUCACUUCCUCCACAGCUUGGCAUUUCACACACUCUCUUUACAACACCACCAUCUAUGAAAACUCUGCUCCCAAGACCUAUGUGGAGAGCUCUGUGAAAAUGGGCAUCUACCUCGUGGAGCCCCAGUGGACAGUGAGGUACCGGAUCAUCUCUGGGGAUGUGGCCAAUGUAUUUAAAGCAGAGGAGUAUGUGGUGGGCAACUUCUGCUUUCUGAGAAUAAGGACAAAGAACAGCAACAUAGCUCUUCUAAACAGGGAGGUGCAAGAUACUUACACCCUCAUCAUCCAAGCCACAGAGAAGACUUUGGAGUUUGAAGCUUUGACCCGUGUGGUAGUCCACAUCCUGGACCAGAAUGACCUGAAGCCCCUCUUCUCCCCACCUUCAUACAGAGUCACCAUCUCUGAGGACAUGCCCCUCAAGAGCCCCAUUUGCAAAGUGACUGCCACGGAUGCCGAUCUGGGCCAGAACGCUGAGUUCUAUUAUGCCUUUAACCCAAGGUCAGAGAUGUUUGCCAUCCAUCCCACCAGCGGUGUGGUCACUGUGGCUGGGAAGCUCAAUGUCACCUGGAGAGGGAAGUAUGAGCUCCAGGUGCUGGCUGUGGACCGCAUGCGAAAAAUCUCCGAGGGCAACGGGUUUGGCAACUUGGCAUCACUCAUCAUCCAUGUGGAGCCUACACCCAGGAAGCCCCCAGCCAUUGCCUCAGUGGUGGUGACCUCACCAGAUGGCAUUGAGGAUACCACCUACGCCACUGUCGUGGUAGAUGCAAACAGCUCGGGAGUGGAAGUGGACUUGGUGGAAGUUGUUGGUGGAGACCCUGGAAAGCACUUCAAAGCCGUCAAAUCUUAUGCCCAGAGCAAUGAGUUCAGUCUGGUGUCCGUCAAAGACAUCAACUGGAUGGAGCACCUUCAUGGAUUCAACCUCAGUCUCCAGGCCAGGAGUGGGAGCAGACCUUCAUUUCAUUCCCAGAUUAGGGGCUUUCACCUACCCCCUUCCAAACUGGGCUUGCUCAAAUUCGAGAAGGCUGCUUACAGAGUGCAGCUUAGUGAGCAUUCCCCUCCCGGCAGCCGCGUGGUGAGGGUGAAAGUAACCCCCACCUUCCCCAACCUGAAGUAUGUUCUAAAGCCAUCCUCAGAGAGUGCAGGCUUUAAACUUAAUGCUCGCACUGGGUUGAUCACCACCACGAAGCUCAUAGACUUCUGUGACGGAGCCCACUAUCAGCUGCACAUCGGAACCUCGCCCAGCUUGGCCUCCACCACGGUGGUCAUCGAAGUCAUGGACUGUAACAACCAUGCUCCCAUCUUCAGCAGAUCUUCCUACGAUGGCACCUUGGAUGAGAACAUCCCUCCAGGCACCAGUGUUUUGACUGUUACUGCCACAGACCAGGAUCAUGGGGAGAAUGGAUAUGUCACCUAUUCCAUCGCUGGUCCAAAAUCUGUACCGUUCUCUAUUGACCCUGACCUGGGGAUAAUCUCCACCUCCAAACCCAUGGACUAUGAGCUCAUGAAAAGAAUUUAUACUUUCCAGGUACGGGCAUCAGAUUGGGGAUCUCCUUUUCGCCAGGAGAAGGAAGUAUCCAUUUCUCUUAGGCUCAAGAACUUGAAUGACAACCAGCCUAUGUUUGAGGAAGUCAACUGCACUGGGUCUAUCCACCAAGACUGGCCAGUAGGGAAAUCAGUAAUGACUGUGUCAGCCAUAGAUGUGGAUGAGCUUCAGAACCUAAAAUAUGAGAUUGUAUCAGGCAAUGAACUAGAUUAUUUUGAUCUAAAUCAUUUCUCUGGAGUGAUAUCCCUCAAACGCUCUUUUAUUAAUCUUACCGCUGGUCAACCCACUAGCUAUUCCCUGAAAAUAACAGCCUCUGAUGGCAAAAACUAUGCCUCACCCACAACUUUGAAUGUCACUGUGGUGAAGGACCCUCGUUUUGAGGUCCCUAUAUCGUGUGAUAAAACAGGGGUAUUGACACAAUUCACAAAGACUAUCCUCCACUCUGUUGGGCUUCAGAACCAGGAGUCCAGUGAUGAGGAAUUCACUUCUUUAAGCACAUUUCAGAUCAAUCGUCACACCCCCCAGUUUGAGGACCACUUCCCCCAAUCCAUUGACGUUCCUGAGAAUGUUCCUAUUAACACCCCCUUGGCCCGACUGGCAGCCACUGACCCCGAUGCUGGCUUUAAUGGAAAACUGGUCUAUGUGGUUGCAGAUGGCAAUGAGGAGGGCUGCUUUGACAUUGAGCUGGAGACAGGACUGCUCACCAUAGCUGCUCCUUUGGACUAUGAAGCCACCAGUUUCUACAUCCUCAAUGUAACAGUGUAUGACCUGGGCACUCCCCAAAAGUCCUCCUGGAAGCUUCUGACAGUGAAUGUGAAGGACUGGAAUGACAAUGCACCCAGAUUUCCUCCUGGUGGGUACCAGUUAACCAUCUCAGAGGACACAGAAGUUGGAACCACAAUUGCAGAGCUGAAAACAACAGAUGCUGACUCAGAGGACAAUGGGAAGGUUCGCUAUACCCUGCUAAGCCCCACAGAGAAGUUCUCCCUCCACCCCCUCACUGGGGAAUUGGUUGUCACAGGACACCUGGAUCGGGAAUCAAAACCUCAGUAUAUACUUAAGGUGGAGGCCAGGGAUCAGCCCAGGAAGGGCCACCAGCUCUUCUCUGUCACUGACCUGAUAGUCACAUUGAAAGAUGCCAAUGACAACUCUCCCCAGUGCAUCACAGAACUCAGCAGCCUAAAGGUCCCAGAGGACCUGCCCACAGGGACCAUCCUGACCUUUCUGGAUGCCUCUGAUCCUGACCUCGGCCCUGCAGGUGAAGUGCGAUAUGUCCUGCUGGAUGAUGCCCAUGGGACCUUCCGGGUGGACCUGAUGACGGGGGCUCUCAGUCUGGAGAGAGAGCUGGAUUUUGAGAGGCAUUCUGGGUACAAUCUGAGCCUGUGGGCCAGUGACAGUGGGAGGCCCCUGGCCCACAGAACCCUCUGCCACAUGGAGGUGAUAGUCCUGGAUGUGAAUGAGAAUCUCCACCCUCCCCACUUUGCCUCCUUUGUGCACCAGGGCCAGGUGCAGGAGAACAGCCCCUCGGGAACUCAGGUGAUGGUAGUGGCUGCCCAUGACUAUGACAGUGGCUUGGAUGGGGAGCUCCAGUACUUCCUGAGGGCUGGCACUGGCCUUGCAGCCUUCAGCAUCAACCAAGACACAGGAAUGAUUCAGACUCUGGCGCCCCUGGACCGAGAAUUUGCCUCCUACUACUGGUUGACGGUACUGGCAGUGGACAGGGGUUCCGUACCCCUCUCUUCUCUAACUGAAGUCUACAUCGAAGUUACGGAUGUCAAUGACAACCCACCCCGGAUGUCCAGACCUGUGUUCUACCCCUCCAUCCAGGAGGAUGCGCCCUUGGGUGCCUCUGUGCUUCAGCUGGAUGCCUGGGACCCAGAUUCCAGCUCCGAGGGGAAGCUGACCUUCAACAUCACCAGUGGGAACCACAUGGGAUUCUUCAUUAUUCACCCUCUCACAGGUCUUCUAUCCACAGCCUGGCAGCUGGACCGAGAGAGCAAGGAAGAACACAUCCUAGAGGUGACUGUGUUGGACAAUGGGGAGCCGUCCCUAAAGUCCAGCUCCAGGGUGGUGGUACGCAUCUUGGAUGUCAACGACAACCCACCUGUGUUCUCCCACAAGCUCUUCAAUGUUCGCCUUCCUGAGAGGCUGAGUCCGGUGUCUGUUGGGCCUGUGUACAGGCUGGUGGCUUCAGACCAGGAUGAGGGUCUCAAUGGCAGGGUCUCCUACAGUAUUGAGGAGAGUGAUGAGGAGGGCUUCAGUAUUGACCCUGUCACGGGCGUGGUAUCUUCUAGCAGCACCUUCACAGCCGGAGAGUACAACAUCCUAACAGUCAAGGCAACAGACAGUGGGCAGCCACCGCUCUCAGCCAGUGUCCGGCUACACAUUGAAUGGAUCCCCCAGCCCCGGCCGUCUUCCAUACCACUGGCCUUUGAUGAGACCCACUACAGCUUUACAGUCAUGGAGACAGACCCCGUGAACCACAUGGUGGGAGUCAUCAGUGUAGAGGGCCGGCCUGGCCUCUUCUGGUUCAAUAUCUCAGGUGGAGACAAGGACAUGGACUUUGACAUCGAGAAGACCACUGGCAGCAUCGCCAUUGCCAGGUCUCUCGAUACAAGGAGGAGGUCAGGCUAUAACCUGACCGUGGAGGUGACUGAUGGAUCCCACACCAUUGCCACCCAGGUCUACAUCUUCAUGAUUGCCAAUGUUAACCACCAUCGGCCCCAGUUUCUGGAGGCUCAUUAUGAGGUCAGAGUUCCCCAGGACACACUGCCCGGGGUCGAGCUCCUCCAAGUCCAGGCCAUGGAUCAAGACAGGGGCAAAGGCCUCAUCUACACCAUACAUGGCAGCCAAGACCCAGGAAGUGCCAGCCUCUUCCAGCUGGACCCGAGCAGUGGUGUCCUGGUAACUGUGGGAAAACUGGACCUAGGCUCAGGGCCCUCCCAACACACACUGACAGUUAUGGUUCGAGACCAGGAGAUGCCCAUCAAGAGGAACUUCGUGUGGGUGACCAUUUACGUGGAGGAUGGAAACCUUCACCCACCCCAUUUCACCCAGCUCCACUAUGAGACAAGUGUUCCUGACACCACAGCCCCCGGCACGGAGCUACUACAGGUCCGAGCUGUGGAUGCUGACCGGGGGGCCAACGCUGAGGUCCAUUACUCUUUCCUGAAAGGGAACAGUGAGGGUUUCUUCAACAUCAAUGCCCUACUAGGCAUCAUCACUCUAGCCCAGAAAUUUGAUCAGGGAAAUCAUGCCCGGCAUACUCUGACAGUGAGGGCAGAAGAUCAAGGAUCCCCACAGGGGCAUGACCUGGCUACAGUGAUCAUUCAUGUCCAUGCUUCAGAGAGCAGUGCCCCCAUCUUUUCAAAAACUGAGUACUUUGUAGAGAUCCCUGAAUCAAUCCCUGUUGGUUCCCCGGUCCUCCUUGUCUCUGCUACAAGCUCCUCUGAAGUUACCUAUGAAUUAAGAGAGGGAAACAAGGAUGGUGUAUUCUCUAUGAACUCAUAUUCUGGCCUCAUUUCCACCCAGAAGAACCUGGACCAUGAGAAAAUCUCAUCUUACCAGAUGAAAAUCCGAGGCAGCAAUAUGGCGGGCGCAUUUACUGAUGUCAUGGUGCUUGUUUACAUAAUUGAUGAAAACGACAAUGCUCCCAUGUUCUUAAAGUCAACUUUUGUGGGCCAAAUUAGUGAAGCAGCUCCUUUGUACAGCAUGAUCAUGGAUAAUAACAACAACCCCUUUGUGAUUCAUGCCUCUGACAGUGACAAAGAAGCUAAUUCCUUGUUGGUCUAUAAAAUUUUGGAGCCAGAGGCCUUGAAGUUUUUCACAAUUGAUCCCAGCAUGGGAACCCUAACCAUCGUAUCAGAGAUGGAUUAUGAGAGCAUUCCUUCUUUCCAAUUCAGUGUCUAUGUCCAUGACCAAGGAAGCCCCAUCUUAUUUGCACCUAGGCCUGCACGGGUCAUCAUCAAUGUCAGAGAUGUGAAUGACUCUCCUCCGAGGUUCUCAGACAAGAUAUACGAGGUAGCAGUAGUGGGGCCCAUCCAUCUGGGUAUGGAGCUGCUCGUGGUGCGGGCCAGUGAUGAUGACUCAGAAGUCAAUUAUAGCAUCAAAGCUGGCAAUGCUGAUGAAGCUGUUACCAUCCAUCCCAUCACUGGCUGCAUAUCUGUGCUGAAGCCUGCUUUCUUGGGACAGUCUCGAAAGCUCAGCAUCAGGGCUUCUGAUGGCCUGUAUCAAGACACUGCACUGGUAAAACUUUCUUUGAUCCACGUCCUUGACAAAAGCUUGCGGUUUGACCAGGAUGUCUACAGGGCAACAGUGAAGGAGAACUUGCAGGUCAGAAAGGCACUGUUGAUUCUCGGCGUCCAGGGCAAUCAUUUGAAUGAUACCCUUUUCUACUUCCUCUUGAAUGGCACAGAUAUGUUUCGUGUGGUCAAGUCAGCAGGUGUGUUGCAGACAAGAGGAGUGGCAUUUGAUCGGGAACAGCAGGACAUUCAUGAGCUGGCAGUGGAAGUAAGGGACAAUCGGACUCCUCAGCGGGUGGCUCAGGCUUUGGUGAGAGUCUCUGUUGAGGAUGUCAAUGACAAUCCUCCCAAAUUUAAGCAUCUGCCCUAUUACACAGUCAUCCAAGAUGGCACAGAGCCAGGAGAUGUCCUCUUUCAGGUAUCUGCCACUGAUGAGGAUUUGGGGACAAAUGGGGCUGUCACAUUUGCAUUUGCAGAAGAUUACACAUAUUUCCGAAUUGACCCCUAUCUUGGGGACAUAUCACUCAAGAAACCCUUUGAUUACCAAGCUUUAAACAAGUAUCGCCUCAAAGUUAUUGCUCGGGAUGGAGGAACCCCAUCCCUCCAGACUGAGGAAGAGGUACUUGUCACUGUGAGAAAUAAAUCCAACCCACUGUUUCAGAGUCCUUACUACAAAGUCAGAGUACCUGAAAACAUCACACUCUAUACUCCAAUUCUCCACACCCAGGCCCGGAGUCCAGAGGGACUCCGGCUCAUCUACAACAUUGUAGAGGAAGAGCCCUUGAGGCUGUUCACCACUGACUUUAAGACUGGUGUCCUAACAGUGACAGCUCCUUUGGACUAUGAGUCUCAGACCAAACACGUGUUCACAAUCAGGGCCACAGACACAGCUCUGGGGUCAUUUUCUGAAGCCACAGUGGAAGUUCUGGUGGAGGACAUCAAUGACAACCCUCCCACUUUCUCCCAGUUAGUCUAUACCACUUCGGUCUCAGAAGGCUUGCCUGCACAGACCCCUGUGAUCCAACUGUUGGCUUCUGACCAGGACUCAGGGAAGAACCGCGAUGUCUCCUAUCAGAUUGUGGAGGAUGGCUCCGACAUUUCCAAGUUCUUCCAGAUCAAUGGGAGCACCGGGGAGAUGUCCACAGCUCGAGAGCUGGAUUAUGAGGCCCAACAACACUUUCACGUGAAGGUCAGGGCCAUGGAUAGAGGGGAUCCCCCACUCACUGGGGAAACCCUUGUGGUUGUCAAUGUGUCUGACAUCAAUGACAACCCCCCAGAGUUCAGGCAGCCUCAGUAUGAAGCCAAUGUCAGUGAACUGGCAACCUGUGGACACCUGGUUCUUAAAGUCCAAGCUCUGGAUCCUGACAGCAGGGACACCUCCCGUCUGGAGUACCUCAUUCUUUCUGGCAAUCAGGACCGGCACUUCUCCAUUAACAGAUCAUCGGGAAUAAUUUCUAUGUUCAAUCUUUGCAAAAAGCACCUGGACUCUUCUUACAAUUUGAGGGUAGGUGCUUCUGAUGGGGUCUUCCGAGCAACUGUGCCUGUGUAUAUCAACACAACAAAUGCUAACAAGUACAGCCCAGAGUUUCAGCAGCAUGUUUAUGAGGCAGAAUUAGCAGAGAAUGCAAAGGUAGGAACCAAGGUGAUUGAGUUGCUAGCCAUAGACAAAGACAGUGGUCCCUACGGCACUGUAGAUUAUACCAUCAUCAAUAAACUAGCAAGCGAGAAGUUCUCCAUAGACCCCAGGGGCCAGAUCACCACUCUGCAGAAACUGGAUCGGGAAAAUUCCACAGAAAGAGUCAUUGCUAUUAAGGUCAUGGCUCGAGACGGAGGAGGAAGAGUAGCCUUCUGCACUGUGAAUAUCAUUCUCACAGACGAAAAUGACAACCCCCCACAGUUCAAAGCAUCUGAGUACAUCGUGUCCAUUCAAUCCAAUGUCAGUAAAGACUCCCCGGUUAUCCAGGUGCUGGCCUAUGAUGCAGAUGAAGGCCAGAAUGCAGAUGUCACCUACUCAGUGGACUCAAUGGAGGACCUGGCUGAAGAGAUCAUUGAAGUUAACCCAACCACUGGUGUGGUCAAGGUGAAAGAGAGCCUGGUGGGAUUGGAAAAUCAGGCCUUUGACUUCAAAAUCAAAGCCCAAGAUGGGGGCCCUCCUCACUGGGACUCUCUGGUGCCUGUACGACUUCAGGUGGUUCCUAAAAAAGUAUCCUUGCCCAAAUUUUCUGAACCUCUGUAUACUUUCUCUGCAUCUGAAGACCUUCCAGAGGGGUCUGAGAUUGGGUUUGUUAAAGCAGUGGCAGCCCAAGAUCCAGUUAUCUACAGUCUGGUACAGGGCACCACACCAGAGAGCAACAAGGAUGGUGUCUUCUCCUUGGACCGAAACACAGGAGUCAUAAAGGUGAGGAAGGCCAUGGACCACGAGUCCACCAAAUGGUACCAGAUUGAGGUGAUGGCUCUUUGUUCCCAUGAGGACACUGACGUGGUGUCCUUAGUCUCUGUUAACAUCCAAGUGAAAGAUGUCAAUGACAAUAGGCCUAUAUUUGAGGCUGAUCCAUAUAAGGCAAUUCUCACUGAGAAUAUGCCAGUGGGGACCGCAGUCAUUCAAGUGACUGCCAAUGACCAGGACACUGGGAGAGAUGGCCAGGUGAGCUACAGGCUGUCAGCAGAGCCUGGUAGCAAUGUCCAUGAGCUCUUUGCUAUUGACAGUGUGAGUGGCUGGAUCACCACACUCCAGGAACUUGACUGUGAGACCCGCCAGACCUAUCAUUUAUAUGUAGUGGCCUAUGACCAUGGACAGACCAUCCAGUUAUCUUCUCAGGCCCUGGUUGAGGUCUCCAUUACAGAUGAGAAUGACAAUGCCCCCCAAUUUGCUUCUGAAGACUACAGAGGAUCUGUGGUGGAAAACAGUGAGCCUGGUGAACCUGUCGUCACUCUGAAGACCCUGGAUGCUGACAUCUCUGAGCAGAACAGACAGGUCACCUGCUACAUCACAGAGGGAGACCCCCUGGGCCAGUUUGGCAUCAGCCAAGUUGGGGAUGAGUGGAGGAUUUCCACAAGGAAGACUCUGGACAGAGAGCACACGGCCAAGUACUUGCUCAGAAUCACAGCUUCUGAUGGCAAGUUCCAGGCUUCGGUCCCUGUGGAGAUCUUCGUCCUGGACAUCAAUGAUAACAGCCCGCAGUGCUCACAGCUUCUCUAUACCGGCAAGGUCCGUGAAGACGUAUCUCCAGGACACUUCAUUUUGAAAAUUUCUGCCACAGAUUUGGACACUGACACCAAUGCUCAGAUCACAUAUUCUCUGCAUGGUCCUGGGGCACAUGAAUUCAAGCUGGAUCCUCAUACAGGGGAGCUGACCACACUCACAGCCCUAGACCGCGAAAGGCAGGAUGUGUACAGCCUUGUUGCCAAAGCGACGGAUGGAGGUGGCCGAUUGUGCCAGGCGGAUGUGACCCUGCAUGUGGAUGACGUGAAUGACAAUGCCCCACGGUUCUUCCCCAGCCACUGUGCUGUGGCUGUCUUCGACAACACCACAGUUAAGACCCCCGUGGCCGUGGUAUUUGCUCGGGAUCCUGACCAAGGCACCAAUGCCCAGGUGGUUUAUUCUCUGACGGAUUCAGCCGAAGGCCACUUUUCCAUCGACGCCACCACGGGCGUGAUCAGGCUGGAGAAGCCUCUGCGGGUCAGGCCACAGGCAGUGCUGGAGCUCACAGUCCGUGCCUCUGACCUGGGCACCCCAAUCCCACUCUCCACACUGGGCACUGUCACAGUCUCCGUGGUGGGUCUCGAUGAUUACCUGCCUGUGUUCCUGAACACCGAGCACAGCGUGCAGGUGCCCGAGGACGCCCGGCGUGGCGCGGAGGUGCUGCAGCUGGCCAGCCUCACUCGCCCAGGUGCCGAGAAGACUGGCUACCGCGUGGUCAGCGGGAAUGAGCAGGGGAGGUUCCACCUGGAUGCUCGCACAGGGAUCCUGUAUGUCAACAGAAGCCUGGACUUUGAGACAAGCCCUAAGUACUUCCUGUCCAUUGAGUGCAGCCGGAAAGGCUCUUCCUCCCUCAGUGACAUGACCACCAUCGUGGUCAACAUCACUGAUGUCAACGAACACCGGCCGAGAUUCCCCCAGGAUGUGUAUAGCACGAAGGUCUUCGAGAGUGCCAUCGUGGGUGAUGUCGUCCUCACAGUGUCAGCAACUGAUGAAGAUGGACCCCUAAAUAGUGCCAUUACCUAUAGCCUGGUAGGAGGGAACCAGCUUGGGCACUUUGCCAUUCACCCCAAGAAGGGGGAGCUACAGGUGGCCAAGGCUCUGGAUUGGGAACAGAUCUCUAGCUAUUCCCUGAGGCUCCGAGCCACAGACAGUGGGCAGCCCCCACUGCAUGAGGACACAGACAUUGCUAUCCAAGUGGUUGAUGUCAAUGAUAACCCACCGAGAUUCUUCCAGCUCAACUACAGCACCACUGUCCAGGAGAACUCACCCAUUGGCAGCAAAGUCCUGCAGCUAAUCCUGAGUGACCCAGACUCCCCAGAGAAUGGCCCCCCCUACUCCUUCCGAAUCACCAAGGGCAACAAUGGCUCUGCCUUCCGAGUGACCCCAGAUGGAUGGCUGGUGACCACUACAGGUCUGAACAGGAAGGUCCAGGAAUGGUAUCAGCUUCAUAUCGAGGCGACAGACAGCGGCGUCCCUCCCCUCUCGUCUUCCACAUCUGUCAAAGUCCAUAUCACAGAGCAGAGCCUCUACCCACCCUCCGCCCUCCCAUUGGAGAUCUUCAUCACCAUCGGGGAGGAGGAGUUCCAAGGUGGCAUGGUGGGUAAGAUCCAUGCCACAGACCGAGACCCUCAGGACACACUGACCUACAGCCUGGCAGGAGAGGAGACCCCCGGCAGGCGCUUCUCAGUGGGCACGCCCGAUGGCAAGAUUAUCGCCACCCAGGGACUGCCUCGUGGCCGUUACUCAUUCAACGUCACAGUCAGUGACGGGACCUUCACCACCACCACUGGUGUCCACGUGCACGUGUGGCACGUGGGGCAGGAGGCUCUGCAGCAGGCCGUGUGGAUGGGCUUCCACCAGCUCAGCCCAGAGGAGCUGGUGAGCGACCACUGGCGGAACCUGCAGAGAUUCCUCAGCAACAAGCUGGACAUCAAACGAGCCAACAUCCACUUGGCCAGCCUUCAGCCUGCAGAAGUCAUGGCUGGUGUGGAUGUGCUCCUGGUCUUUGAGGGGCAUUCCGGAACUUUCUACAAGCCCCAGGAGCUGGCAUCCAUCAUCGCUCGCUCAGCCAAGGAGAUGGAGCACUCAGUGGGAAUUCAGAUGAGGUCAGCCAUGCCCGUGGUACCCUGCCAGGGCCCAAGCUGCCAGGGUCAAGUCUGCCAAGAGACAGUGCACCUGGACCCUAAGGUGGGGCCCACAUACAGCACAGCCAGGCUCAGCAUCCUAACCCCCCGGCACCACCUGGAGAGGACCUGCUCCUGCAAUGGUACUGCCACAAGGUUCAGCGGUCAGAGCUACGUGCGGUACAGGCCCCCAAAGGCUCAGAACUGGCACAUUCAUUUCUAUCUGAAAACACAGCAGCCACAGGCCAUUCUCCUGUUCACCAAUGAGACAGCAUUGAUUUCACUGAAGCUCGUCAAUGGAGUGCCCCAGCUGGAAUACCACUGUCCUGGUGGAUUCUAUGGAAACCUUUCCUCCCAGGGCCUCGUGAAUGACCAAGAGUGGCACUCCAUCCUGGUGGAGGAGACGGACACCUCCAUUCGCCUGUUGGUUGAUAGCGCAGGCAAUGCUUCCCUUGAAACACCAGAGAACUGCCGUGGUCUGAGGCCUGGAAGACACCUUUUGCUGGGUGGCCUUGUCCUUUCACAUUCCUCCUCCAACGUCUCCCAGGGCUUCGAAGGAUGCCUGGAUACUGUUGUGGUCAAUGGAGAGGUGCUGGAGCUGCUGGUCCCUGGCAGGAAGGUGGCAGGCACGUUGGAGAGGCAGGCCCUCACCCGGUGCUGCUCCCACAGUGGUGGUUGUCGCCAGAACCCGUGCCUCAAUGGUGGGAAGUGCUCACAGAGCCACGGCACAGGCUACAUCUGCAAGUGUCACCCACCGUUCUCUGGCAAGCAUUGUGAACGAAGGGAGAACUGCACUUCUGCACCCUGCCUGGAAGGUGGAACUUGUGUCUCCUCCCCUGAAGGAGCUUCCUGUAACUGCCCUCACCCAUACACAGGAGAUAGGUGUGAAAUGGAAGCAAGGGGGUGCUCAGAAGGACACUGCCUGGUCACUCCUGAUAUCAAAAGUGGGGACUGGGGGCAGCAGGAGUUACUGAUCAUCGUAGUGGCCAUACUGUUCAUCAUUGUAAGCACUGCCGGGCUUCUCUUCUAUUGCCGCCGUUGUAAGUCUCAUAAGCCUGUGGCCAUGGAGGAUCCAGACCUCUUAGCCAGGAGCAUUGGCGUUGACACCCAAGCCAUGCCUACCAUCGAGCUCAACCCCCUGAGCACCAGCUCCUGCAACGACUUGAACCAACCAGAGCCUAGCAAGACCUCAGUUCCAAAUGAACUCGUCACUUUCGGACCCAGCUCUAAGCAACGGCCAGUGGUCUGCAGUGUGCCUCCCAGACUCCCACCAGCUGCGAUCUCUUCCCACUCUGGCAAUGGGUCCAUCAUCAAGAGAACCUGGUCAGGCGAGAAUAUGGUGUACCCUGGUGGAACCACGGUCUGGCCCCCUACCUACUCCAGGAAGGAACGCUGGGAAUACCCCUCCUCUGAAGCCACCCAGGGCCCUCUGCCGCCCUCAUCUGACUGCCACCCAACCCCAGCCGUGAUGCCAGAGCCCACUGCCCUUUAUGGGGGGUUCCCCUUCCCCCUGGAGCUGGAAAACAAGCGGGCACCCCUGUCUCCACGUUACAGCAACCAGAACCUGGAAGAUCUGAUGCCCUCCCGGCCCCCCAGUCCCCGGGAUUGCCUGCUUGCCCCCCGUCUCAACGAGUACACGGCCAUCAGCUACUACCACUCACAGUUCCGGCAGGGUGGGGGAGGGCCCUGCCCGGCAGAGGGGGGCUACAAGGGGGUGAGUAUGCGCCUCAGCCGGGCUGGGCCCUCUUAUGCCGACUGCGAGAUGGAGGGGGGGCCUCCCUCCAGCCGGGGCCAGCCCCAGGGCCCCGCCAACUAUGAGGGCUCCGACAUGGUGGAGAGCGAUUACGGGAGCUGUGAGGAGGUCAUGUUUUAGCUUCCUAUUCUCAGGGGAAGGCAGGUGGGAGUCAUGUCUCGUAGGGAGUGAGUUGAGUGUGGCUGGGGAAGUAGGAAGGAAGCCCCCAUGCCCAGUCCAGGCUGCCACCCCUUAAAAUGUGCUCUUCUGGUCCCUCAGCUAGUCCCUGAGGGUAGAGGGAAGUGGAAGGGAGAGCUCCAGAAACAGCACUAGGGCCCCAGGAGAGAGGGGACGCAUAGCAGGCACCCUGGAAAAUCAGGGACAGCUGACUCCUGGUAUGGGCAAAAGACGGCCUGUCUCAUUGAUUUGCCAUCUUUCAGUCCCCAGAGAGGUGGGGCCUGAACCACUGGGCCAGCUUUGCCGGGACAAUUUCUUACACCUGCCCACAGCUCCAUUCUGGAAGCAGGCAGGCUUGUGCCUGCCAGGCAACCAUGACACUCACUACAGAGCCAAGGUCCAGGGUUACUGGACCCUGGAGGGCCACGUCAUCCUCCU